CACAAGUAGCUGUUCUUAAAUAUGUGAGUUUGGUGACUCUGACAGUGCAGAAUUCUGCAGUUGCCCUCAGCAUGCGUUAUGCUCGCACUCGUCCUGGAGACAUGUUCAUUGCUUCUUCCGCUGUAGUGAUGGCAGAACUAGUAAAGAUGUUUGCAUCACUCUUUUUAGUCUUCAAACAAGAGGGUUCCAUACAGCACUUGUUCAUGGCACUGCACACCCAGAUUUGGCAACAGAAGAUAGAUACCUUGAAAGUGUGUGUUCCUUCGUUCGUAUAUCUCGUCCAGAACAACUUACUCUAUGUGUCUGCAUCAAACCUGGAUGCUGCCACAUACCAAGUUACCUAUCAGAUGAAGAUUCUGACAACUGCAAUGUUUGCUGUGUUGAUCCUACAGAAGCAGCUGCGUGGGACACAGUGGCUUUCAUUGUUAAUUCUCACGGUUGGAGUUGCUCUUGUUCAGCUGUCUGCAUCUAGCAAGGGAGUCACUACAGAUAAUAUGGGACAGAAUCGUCUAUUAGGCUGCAUUGCUGCUAUUUCUGCUUGUUGCUGUUCAGGUUUUGCUGGCAUCUACUUUGAAAAAAUCUUGAAAGGGUCAGAUGUAUCACUGUGGGUCAGAAAUGUUCAGUUGUCUUUCCUCUCCCUACCUUUAGGUGUAUUGACAUCAUAUGCAAAUGACUACUCAGCCAUUAUGGAUAAAGGUUUCUUUUACGGUUAUGAUGCCUAUGUGUGGUAUCUUGUGGUACUCAAUGCUGUGGGAGGACUUCUGGUAGCAAUGGUAGUCAAAUAUGCUGACAAUAUUUUAAAAGGCUUUGCAACAUCAUUAGCCAUUGUCAUAUCCACUGUUGCAUCUGUAUUUCUUUUUGAUUUUGUAAUAACAUUUCAGUUUGCAGUUGGCACAGCCUUGGUGAUAGGCUCAAUCUUCCUGUACAGCCAUGAACCCAAGAAAGCACCAAGCAACCCCAUGGUAGGGAAGGUGUGAGUUUUGAGUGGUUGUGUUGUGUGGCAAGCCUUAGUAAUGCAUCUGCCAAGCUUUCAAAAUAUCACUGGAAAUGGUUGCAAAUUCUCUUCUAAUCCUUCAUGGAUUGCAAAUCUAAGCAUUUAACUGCUGUAAUUCUUCUGCAUUUUUAUAUUGUUUGGCACAAAAUGGCUAGGGCAGUGCUUUCAACUGUUUUAAUGUGUGAAAAUAAAUUGUAUAAAAUACCGACACACUGGAAACAUAAACACACAUGCAGUUUAAUGUGAUCCUUUAUUGACAACGUUUCGCCCACACAGUGGGCUUUUUCAAGUCACAAACAGAUCUGUUUGUGACUUGAAAAAGCCCACUGUGUGGGCAAAAUGUCGUCAAUAAAGGAUCACAUUAAACUACGUAUGUGUUUGUUUCCUGUUUUAAUGUGUAUUGAGAAAUGCAGCUUUUUCCACUUGCUAAUAUAACUAGUACUUCAUGCAUCCUUUGCAUGAUGUAAACCUUACUACUUGUAAGGAUUACAUCAUGCAUACUUUUAUUUUCAUCAUCAGUAUUACCUUAUUCACCCUUUUUUGGUGGUUUGGGAAGCACUUUUCUUGAGUAUAUAGAUUAUAAAAUAAUCUUCAGAAUCAGUCUUCUUUCCCUUUUGCUAUAGCAGAGUCAGGGCUUUGUACACUACUUGAGUGAUAGGUGUUGUGGUAGCCACUCCUUUAUGUUUUACCAUGGUAAAAAUUGUCCCUGUGAGAAGUUUCAGUGAUUGUAAACUGACCCUGAACAUGUUUAUUAAUAGUCUUUCAUAUUCAGUAAACAUAUAUGUUCAAGAUGAGACAGUAGAUGUGAACUGCUGAUGGGAUUGAUGUUGCUGUCACAAGGGAAGGUGUAUACAGUCCACGAUGAGCUUUUGGAGAGACAUUUCCACUUAAAAGGGACAAGUAAAAUCUAAAGUUUUUCCUUCUGUACGCUAGAAACGACCAAAAUAGGCAAGUUUGCAAAUUUAUUUAUUUCAUCUCUUUGUAAUAAGAAAUCAUCUUUGGGUACACACUGAAAAGUUAAAAGAUCCUGGUAUAAAAAUUGUGCACAUGGACCCAUUCCAAUUUGUUGUAUGCAGUGCUGCAUUGUGUCAGCCUUGGUUAAAAUUUAUUACCUAAAAUAUUGGACUUUGUCAUUGUAAAAUCAGUAACCUUCAGUAAUAAAACUUACUGCUGAAGUGAGUCCAGUAAUCCAAUAUAUUUUUUGAAUACACAACACUGCAUUAGCCAUAUCUCUCAUGUUGCAUCUCCGGUGAUGAUUGAAUGUCAUACUGCCACCAUGUUCCUGUAUUUUGAAAAUAGUUUUCUAAAAUGGCAUGUCACAUUUUGCAUUAACAGCAAGCCUUAAUAAUGGAAUGUUCUUUUGGAAAGAUCAUUUGGCCUUGCCCUUGCUUUACAUCUGCUGUUUUAAAAAUUAAUUAAUGUAUGGUAUGUGGUGUGUCUUGUUUGCUAAGUUGAUGAGUCCAUUAACAGGAUUCCACCGGUGCCCCUCACACAAGCACGUGUUCAUGAGUUGGCGAGUCCAUUCUUUAACAGGAUAUCACUGCUGCUCCUCACUGUCCACACAAGCACACAUGCUCACUCAAGUAGAUCUGUCCACACAAGCACACAUGCUCACUCAAGUAGAUCUGUCCACACAAGCACACAUGCUCACUCAAGUAGAUCU